AUGCGAGGGAACGCUCACAAGGCUGGCGCCAAUACACGCGAACUGCUUUUGGAGCUUGCCCGGAUGCCAGAUGCAGCGCAAAAUGCAAUAACACUCUUUAAGUCCCACGCGGUAGCUCUUCUACGCAAUACCAGGGCUGACAAUUCAUCUCCAAUAGUGUUGACUUUGUUAAGCGCGGCAGUCGAGCGUCGCGAGCCGGAAUGGACUCGCUCGCUAACAAAAGAUCGACAUGCCAAGCGCCAGUGUUUAGGCAGGAAAAAUAAGCAUGACGUAGUAUUUGCAGCUAGAAUGGCACAGAACCUCGUGAAGACGUAUGCAAGCACAAACGGUAGUGCAGUUAAAGCGGGAGAAUUGAAGGUUUUGAUUACGUCAAUGGAUUUGGCAUGUAUGGCUCUGUACAUAGUGUGUGCUUUGGAGCAUACGGCAAAACUUGGUGACCUCGUGGUCGACAAUCUCCUUUACCAGGUUGCCAAAAAGUACGCAGAGAUGCCUGACACUUUGGAGUCAGCAUUCUGUGUGGCUGCUUGCGUUAACAUUCGCCUUUGGACUGCACACUUUGAGCUUAGCGAUAAGAAAUCGAGUGGAACAUUAUCAUUGCUGAAGAUUACCGAGUGCUUAGAAAAAGAUGCAGCUGCUUUUGGCAGCAGAGCGGUGAACGACCUAAAGUCCUUAGUGAAUUUACCGCCUCCAGAAAGCUUCCAUACAGCAUCAUUUGCGCGAUUGCUACUUGGUCACGCCAAUACCUGCAUCUCAUUGUUAUCGUCUUUAAAGGAUUACAAGAGUGCGCUUGUCGUGGCUGAAACUACAAUGUCGCCGUGGCUCUCUUACUUCCAACAGCUUUCUGGCGAAAAUGCAAAGUUGGCCUCUUCGUUCAGUGAUCGUGCGUUUCGAACAAUGUGGAAAAUUGCUGCGGCGAUUGACAGCGCCCAAGCAACGACAAACACAUCGACUGAUGCACUUCAGUUUCGUUCGGUGGCACUGUCAUUUUUGCUUAAAUGCUCCAAUUACACCUCUAAAUACUAUAUACAGCAGGUUCACCGCGUUGGAGUUCAGCACGAGCGCCUCACGAAACGAUCGCAACAAGGAUUGAACGAAAUUUUUGGAUUAUAUUGCCAGUCAGCGAAUUUGUUGAGUGAAUACUCGCCCAUUUCGACAUGCAUAUACAACUCCGAAUGCUGUCAAUGGGAAUAUAUCUACUGGCUCGAGCAUUUUGCUUUGAUUUGUGAAUUAUCUGGUAUGCACGUGAAAUGUGCACUGGUAUUUGAACAUGCAAUCCAAUAUGUGCAGCUGUAUACGAACGUCGGCAGACACAUUGAGUUCUGUCUAGCAUCGUCUGCUGCUAGUGCGCUACUUAAUGCGGCGAAUCUCCAAAAGCAAGACAAUAACCCAUUCUUAUGGAAUUCGAUAUGCGGCUCUGCAAUUUGCACGAUAUCGAAAACCGCAGGCAGAAUGAUACGCGAUCUGCACGAUAAAGUAAUUACGGACGAAUGGAUUAGUCAAUGUGAAAAUGUUGCACGGGUGUAUCUGAGGCGACUAGAAGCUUUGUUACCUCUCAAGGUCGAACUGCUAGACGCAAAUGAGUCGCCUGGGCUGGACCUUAUAAUUCGCCUCAUUAAACGAAGUGCCACAAAACUUUUUAAUUAUGUUGUCAGUGCUCAAUGUACAGCAAAAUACCAGCGGUAUAGCCAAGUCAUCACGAGUUUUGAUAUCAUGUGCAAGGCUAUUAAUGAACUUUCUUUAGCGAUUGCUGGCUCGAACAAUCAUAUUGUGAAAUUGAUGCUUGUGGAACAACUAAGACUCAAUCGAAUGGCUGUUACGCUGUCGGCUCGAGUUUUUAUUCUCGAUACUUUGACAACAGCUGAAUCUGUGUUGUCUGAGCUUCUUGGACAUAUCGCUUCAGUUUGUAAAAAUUUGGACAGUGCGAUUGAGCAAGGCAAACUAAAUGGAUCGAUUUUAAAUGAGAUUCAUGCCGACUUAUAUCUGAUCACACGAGAAGGUUACAGCUGUGCGAGCCACUGUUAUAAAAAGGGUAAUCACCAAGAGGCAACAUUGGUACUACUUAAAGUGCUCAAGCUUGGGAAAAGCUACUUAGAGUUUGUUAUGCAGAGCGACCUAAACGCGGAAGAUAAGCAUAAAGCUCAUGCUGAGGUUAAAUUGGAUGCUGUCGCUUCCCUUCUUGUGCAUUGCUUCCGUGUGUUAAAAGACUUUACAAAAGCACGUUUAUUCACUGGAUAUACAAUCAUGUACUGUCAAGAUCUCGUUGAUUGUAUUUCGCAAGCCAAUGUUAAUACGUAUAUUCGCUGUCUUCUGGAUGAAGUGAAGCUCAUAGAUGACAAUGCACAGGAAUCGAUUCUGAAUGAAUUUGAAGCUUUUUUGCACGAUACGAGUCAAGUUUUCAAGUCUCGAUUGGUAGCUGAGGACCAAGUGAUGAUGUUGUGGAUGGAAUUUCGAGAUGCAUUUAACCAAACAUCCGCUAAGAUUACCUUAAGUUUACAAGGAAAUGAAUAUUCCCAAUCAAACAAUGAUAUUAGUGUUUCCUCCCUGAGGUGUGUUAAAUUGUUCGGCUUAUUUGAGCACCACAUCAAUGAGAAGCUGCUUAAAAUGAAGACGGAGUCAGCGGGCAACAAAUCAUCGUGCAAACUUUUGCAAAAUGUCUCUUUUGCUCUGAUUCGGCGAAACCAGAUCUUUUCUAAUUGUUACGCCAAACGCAACGUUCUCGAUACAGUAAAGGAACUUUUUCUCGUUUACCAGUCCCUAAGUGACGCGGUAAAUGGCCUUUUAGAGCUUGCUGAUGCUUUGAAUGGUGAUCUUGGUGGAAUUUAUGGAUGGCGUGGUGUGAUCACGAUGGAAAUCGCUCUUUUAGUUAGCUAUAAGGGCUCCUCGGACAAAUUUCUAUCGAAAAAUAAUCUACCUUUGGGCGAAGAGAAUGCUGUAGCCGAUAUCAAACGAUCUUUAAGCUACUGGGGCGAGAAAUUCUCUAGUGGCUUUUUGUUUGAUGGACUAUACUUGAUCCAAUGUUUGGAAUCCAUGUGCAAUACAUUAUCCUUAACUUCAUCCGCACAACAAAAAAUGGCAGCCUGUAAGCUUCUGAAGACAUUACAGCUGUCUAAAUGGUCUUCAAAUCCCAUACUCAGUAUCUUGCCUCUUCCGCUCGGACUGCAAGCCGUUGACUAUCCCGACACUUUCUUUGCUAAUGAAGUAAAUUCAACUGUGUCAUCAAAUGCGAGCUUUCACAAUGUCAUGAACCUCUUUGGAAGGGUAGAUAGAGAGCUGUUUGCUGCGAAAACAAAUCAAAUCUGUACAAGCAAAGAUCGAGCAUAUCUUCUUUUACUUAAUGCGGUGGUAAUACUGAGUGAAAUCAAGCAAAAUGUGAAGAAUUGCUGGACUGCAACAAUGGCCAAGGCAGUUGGGAUACGUGAAUUGCUAGCUCACACGAUUUUAUCAGACAUUCACUUCAGUGAAGGCCAAAGCACAUUUGCUAUCUCUGAAGCUAAAUGUGCGCUGCGGGUGUGUUGGAAAUUGGUAAGGAAAUUUACCGCCCUGACGUCACCUGUUGAAGUCACAUACUUUAGUCUUCCUCCCGAAAUCGCAGUUGCAGAGGAUCAGCAACGCGCAACAUCAAGCUUCUUGCGCUUUAUGGCACUGGAUUGCUCUUCAUGGGAUCUGCUCCUUGUCACCAAGGUUUUGUUGUGUCGGUUGUCAUCUCUUUUCAGUCUGUCUGACCAGCCGCACCGAGCUGAGUUUUAUUUAACAGAGGCGAUGCGUCUUGUUGGUGGCUUGGAUCUGCAAUUCUUUCGUCGGAGCCCAUUUUACGAGUACGCAGAGCUUGAACUAAAUGCAAACAAAUUGGAGAAAGCAAAAGUAUCCAUAUCUUUGCUGAACUCAAACUUGAAUUUUGAGCGUGGUGCUAUAGUUAGUUGUGAUCCAGCAAUCAUCGAGCAAAGCUGUGAUGAAAUUGUGCAGCAAGGAGAUGUAUACCUUAGUGAGGACAAGCAACAAGAGGCAUUGAAAUGUUAUACAGAUGCAAUUAAUAUGGUGGACACCCUUAAAGAUCAUCAGUCGUUCGAAACCAAACGGUUGGGACGAGUUAAGGCUCGCUGUUGGCGCAAAUAUACCCGACUACAAAGCCAGGCAAACACAUUCUCGAAUCAUGCGGCAGUGGAAACACUGCUCAGAUCGAUGAAAAUUCUUAAGCAAUCAUUAAACUCGUGUGCUGUUCUUCUGGAACGGGUCAAAUGCAUGCUUGAAGUAGGACGCAUCAAUGUAAGAUUGUUGCAGUCUGUCUCAACUCGUGCAUUUACUAGCUUGGCACAAACGCAAUCAAUUUUAGAGGAAGCUUAUUGGCUUGGAAGUAAGCUUGGUAUAUCAUAUCUCAACCACGAAUUGCGAAAAGCACUGGGCAUGGCUUAUUUUACUGAAUUUGAGGAAGCCAGGCAGGACAAUAUGGAUAACAAAGUCGGAUACAAAAGAGCUACUUUUCUUUUGUGGGCAAGUAGUGCUCUACUGGCAAAUGGUGGGAGUGGUGAUGGCAUCGAAAAAGAGCCAAAAUGUGCUGAUAGAAAUGGCGAUGGAGGGAUAGAAAACACUUUAAAAAACAAAUUAAAGCGGCGGCGUGGAGGCUCAAAAGUAUUUAAAAGGUUAGCUCCGCAUCAACAUCUUGUACAAAUAGCACAAAACUUUGCCCAGAAGGUUCAGCAGCUUCCAGACAAUUGGAUAAUUAUUUCCCUAAUGAUAGGCUUGUCGUCCGAGCUCGUCGUGACGCGUAUCCCAACAAAUGGGGAUGUUCCUACGUCUUUCUGCUUGCCUAAGGUAAUCUGGAUGAAGUGCAUUGAUGAAAUGUCCGGAAUUGUCAACAAAUCAAGAGAGCUUUUAUCUGGACACACCGCGGAAGAAGCACGAUUAUGGAGUAAUGAACAGAAAAAAAAUUGGUGGGGUACUCGUCAACAUCUCAACACACGCAUUGAUGAGACAAUUGUCUCCAUGCAGCAAUCGCUUGGGUUUUGGCGAUGUCUGUUCGUCGGAGGGCCCGAAAUUGAGAGUGAAAUAGUCCAACGUUGCUGGAGUUUGCUGACCGACAAAUCUUCCUUCAUAAAGUUGGCCGAAAGAAACUACAGUCUACUGUGUGCAAUCGUUAAUGCCCAGGACUAUUUGUCAGAUAGUGAACUGGUAGAUGGACUACAGCACAUUGCGGCAGAAACUGAAGUGCCAAUGUCCAAUGCAAUAUCAAGAAAAAUCCUUCAGAUUCUUCGGUGUAGUCGCGACGGAUUACCGACGAAAGCGACCCACUCCAAUCUCACCACAUUAAGCACGGACAAAAUCGCUAAAAUGAAACUCGGCGAGGUCAAACAGCUUCUCGCUGCUCAGGGAAUCAAUACCGAUGGCGUCAAGAAAGUACUGAUGAAACGCCUCCUGGCUGCCCGAGAUGCUGCUCUUAUCAAUGAGAUGAAACCGCAGCCAAGAUCUGUUAGCGUCGAAAAGAAAUUGAAAUUUGCUACCAUAUUGAUUUUAGAUCACCAGCUUCAGCAAUUUCCGUGGGAAGGCAUGGAUGUAAUGGACCUUUGCGCUGGAGUGACCCGCAUGCCUUCCCUCGACAUGGUUGUGCAAAACUUCGCGUCAUUAGCGCCAGUCCGAAGAGAUCGAGUGCGUUAUUUGCUGAAUCCUGCGGGGGAUCUUAAGUCAACAGAAUUACAGUUGGGACCGAUUCUGGAACGUGGAGUCGCAACGUAUGGAUGGGAAGGGAUGGCAGGAAAAGUACCUGACCAGAAUACAAUCAGAGACUAUUUGUUGGCCGCUGACGUAUAUAUUUAUUGCGGCCACGGCUCCGGCGAAGCAUACCUGCAUCGCGACAAGGUUCUUGACCUUAAAUCCAAUUGUAGUGCCGCUCUGCUGUUUGGUUGCGGCAGUGGACGACUUGAGCGUGAGGGAAUCUUUGGACCAAGCGGUACAGUACUAUCGUACUUGCGAGCUGGAAGCUCUGCGAUUCUAGCGAUGCUGUGGGACGUCACUGACCGAGAUGUUGACCAACUGAGCUGCAAAAUCUUAGAAGAGUGGCUUUUAGCGCACAACGAAGAGUCAUUGGCUCAAGUGCUUCAAACCAGUCGAGAUGUCUGCAAACUCAAGUACCUUAACGGACACGCCGCAGUUUGCUACGGACUUCCACUCCACGUUGCACAAAAUUAG